AUGGGUUGUCUGGAGUUCCUCAAAGACUUUUUCCUGGGCUUCUGGGACUAUGAGACUCCAAAAGUAAUGGUGGUGAAGGACAAAAAGCUAGGAGUCAUUUACAGAGCUGUGCAGUUCCUGGUCAUCACGUAUUUCAUUUGGUAUGUGUUUAUCAGUCAGAAAGCCUAUCAGGAGACGGAGACGCGUCCUGAAAGCUCCGUCUACACUGAGAUGAGAGGAGUCGCUCUGCUGGGAGACGCCGUUCAGGACACCACCGAAUACGUCAGACCAUCUGAGGGUGGUGAUGUCAUCAGUACGAUUCUCAGGAAAGAAGUGACACAUGAUCAGACGCAGGGCACUUGUGCUGAGCAUUACAGUGUUGCCAAUGCCAACUGCACAAGAGAUUCAGACUGCAUCCAAGGAGAAAGUGAUUUUGACGGUCAUGGUCAAAAAACAGGACGGUGUAUACGAUACUACAACUACACAUUCAAGACCUGUGAGAUCAAAUCCUGGUGUCCCAUUGAGGAAUAUGCUGUUGUCAGAGAGCCGGCUUUGGAACAGGCCAUUAAUUUCACAGUGUUCAUAAAGAAUGCCAUCCAUUUCCCAAAGUUUAAAGUUCUCAGGGGCAAUAUUAAACCCAACAAGCCGAAGAAGUUGUUGCGAUGCCAUUAUCAUCCAGAAACCAACCCUUACUGUCCCGUGUUCAGCCUGGGCUUCAUCGCAGCGCAGGCCAGAGAGAAAUUCAGCGAACUCUGCAGAACGGGUGGAAUAAUUGGAGUGUUCAUUAACUGGAAGUGCGAUUUUGACGUGGAUCCGUCUGCGUGUAUUCCCACAUAUUCAUUCAGAAGGCUGGACAUGAGGAAAAACCUGCCCAGUUCUGGAUACUACUACAGGUUUGCUAAAUAUUACCAUAAGGAUGGUGUGGAGUACAGAAGCCUGAUAAAAGCUUAUGGGAUUCGCCUGGAUGUCAUCGUUCAUGGACAUGCAGGACGAUUCAGUCUAAUCCCAACCAUCAUCAACACGGUCACGGCCAUGACUUCAGUUGGAAUUUGCUCAAUCAUCUGCGACUGGAUCAUGCUGACGUUCAUCGACAAGAACGAAGUCUUCAGCGAAAAGAAGUUUGAUGAUGUCUCCAAGCAGCCCAGCCAGCCAAUAACAACAGACUUUACGCUCACAAGCUACGGAUCCACUCACUCAGACCUGUCAGAUGGCGUACCCUUAUAAACAUGCAUUAACACUGCUCCAAAUGUACAGAGUACAGUAUUUCGACAUGAAGCGCUGGAUAAUGCAUCAUAAAAUGUCAUAUUUGAAUC